AAAAAAGUUGUAAAAAGUUUUUUUUUUCACCUCCUAUACACUUUCUUUCGUUCUCUUUUUUCUUCUUUCUUUUUUUCACUUUUGCUUUUUCUUUUUAUAUGGUCAUCAUGACCAAUUCAGUAUAUACUUCAUCAACUAUUAAAAACGAACAGCAUGAAGAUCCCGACUAUAUGGAUAUCAAUCCCGACGAAGUUGAAGCUGGUUCUAUUCUAAUGUCUUUGUCUCAACAUAAACAACAUACUCAACAAACUACUAUAACUAAUACUAUGUCUAUUAGUAACUUAUUAGGCAACAACGACGACGAAAAAGUAGAAACUUCCAAUCGUACUCAGCUAAAAAUGGAUGUUCGAACCAUCAUUACACCAACGGAAGGUACAAUGUAUGAAAAGAAGGAGAUGGCUUGUUCGAGAUGUACUAAACUUUAUUUUCCUUUAAAGAUAUGCAUCGGUACCCUGAAACAACCAAACAAAGUAAACUCACCCUUUAUUCUUAUUUCGAAAAAAGUACCACCAGCAUAUCCUGAAAAAUCACAAUCCGGUAUUGAGGAUAUGCAUGCAGCAUCAUAUUCUCUCCCCAUCGCAUCUACACGCAUUAAAUCGGAUUCUCUUGCCAGGAACUUUAGUGGACAGACAUCUCUAGAAAGUUCUACUUGGCAACAACGGUCUCCUGCGCAUACUCAUUAUACACAGCAACAGGAGCAACGACAUCAUCAACAACAUCAUCUACAAUGUCAACAGCAGUAUCAAAGUCAUCAACAUCAACAUCAAUAUCAUCAACAGCAAUAUCAUCAUCAACAACAACAACAUCAUCAAUAUAAUCAACCUCCUUCUUAUUCUCAACAAUCAUUUCAAUCUAUGAAAAACAAUCCCAAAAUUCGACGCAAUAUGCUUCAUGCAUUCAUCAGCUACAUGACCUAUUCAGAUAUGGCACGUCAGAAAUCAAAUAGAUCUAUAUCUUAUCCGCAUGCCAAUCCUCCUAUAAAGCAGCAUACUGAACACACCAUGCAACAACAUCCACCUUUGACUGCCUUCUUAAAACAUAAUGUCGAUCCUCAUGUUAUUCCUUCCACUCCACGACCGCAGCAACCUCCAUUGAAUCACUCACAUCCUUCUUAUCAUUCUCCUCCUCCUCCUUCUCAAUAUCGAUAUCCAUACCCUCAUCUUUCUUAACCUUGCUUUCAUUCCAUCAUAUUACCUUAUAUACUUUUUUUUUUUUUAGUUAUCAGUUAGUCUACCUCUCUCUCUCUCUCAAUUUUCCUCCAUUUGUGUUAAGUAGAAUCACAAGCGAAAAAAAAAAAAUCUUCUAUAGUCAAAUAAAACAAACUAACAGCUACAUUUAUAAAAAAAAGAAAAAAAAACCAAUCGUUUCUUUUUUUCUGGGGAGUUUUUAUUGAUGUUCGAUAGUUUGAUGAUGACAAAUUGUGUAUGGGAGGAAAAAAAAAA